AUGGCGUACACCGCAGGCCAACUGAACGAGGCUUGCAACUUGUUCCCUGGACUGAUCGAACAGGCUGAGCGUGAAUUCGCUGCUUGUCCAUUGCCGGCGUCUUACGACCUGCGCAACCGCGCCGCCCAACGCACCAGUGAUCUGGCUUCCUGGUACGAUGAUGACGAGGAUGAAACCUAUGAACCCACCAAUGAGUCGAGCGAGAAGAGGAAGCGCCCCUCUCCCAACCACGCUGCAGCCCCCGUCCCACCCAGAAAGGUUCGAAUGAUCGAUGGCUCCAAAUACCUCAACUUGAAGAUAAUCCACGAUGCAACUCACAAGUCCCCCAGUCCUGGUUCUUCCAGUGAGACUUCCAGUGAGGAUGAGCCUGAUACCUUUGAUCAGUAUUGGAAUGUCGACCCGAACAUGGUCAGCCCCAACUCCCGGUACCUCCUACGUCAACGCGAAAAGAACGAUGCGCUGGGUUCACCACAGCAAGAGGCAGAGAUCGCCACCGACCAAGAGCAAGGUGUGGCUUCGCCCAGCGACGCUUCAACCGCUCCGCAGAUGGAACCCGUGAGAGAAUGCAAGGCCUGCAUCGAAAUCGACAUGGUGUGCUCGCUUGCCACGGAUCCCGACCUCUUCGCCUACCCCUGCAAGACCUGUGCUGAUGACGAGAUUGAGUGCGUGGUCAUCCCAGAGCCGGAAUGGAAGCGGCCUUGCGAGAGCUGCAAGGACCUACAUGGUGAGACUUGCUCUUACCGCUUCGCUGAUUAUGACCACUCGUUGCCUUGCCUUCCAUGCUCCAACCACGGCUUCAAGUGUGUUGCGGGACCAGCCAAGCGCCGUCCCUCUAUCCGUCUAUCGGACGACGCAACGAGCUCCGAGCAGUCUUCCUCUCCUUACUCCCAGGACACCACUUACCAAGCUGAUGUGGAGGAUGAUUCCCUGGAUGAUACCCCUGAAGCCCAAGGAUUGCACGACGAAGGCGCGUCGCUCGGCUCUCUGAAAUCCAAGGAACGUGAAGUCAUUGUGAUCUCGGACUCCGAAUCGGAUUCGGGCGAUGACACCAAGAAGUCCUAUGUUCCCAUGAAGGCCCGGUCUACGGAGAUCAUCGAAAUCUCGGAUGAUGAGUCUGAAGAUGAGGUUCCCGAGGAGAAUACCGAUGGCGAAUUUGACGAAACCGACUACAACCUUGGCCAGCAAUUCGAUGAGGAGUUUGAUGAGGAAUCUGAGUAUGAAUACGACCACUUCUCUGAAGAGGAAGCUGAUGACUACGUUCCAUACUAA